UAGCAGAGCGAUCCUUCCAACUUGUGCAAGUUAGGAACCACCUCCGUUGACUUUCCUUGGGUUUUUAUUUAAAGUCAGAAGUGGGAGUUGCAUGGUGAUGCAGUCAGAUUGAUGUCUUAACCUCCCCCUGGUGUAUAAUUCUCUCUGAGAUCUGCAGCCCCAGUCUGAGAUGCAGGCUCCAGCCGGUUCCUGCAACUCGAGCGUCGCCUCCAGCGGGCUCCCGGGAGCGAACACCAGCCGCUCCAACCUCACCGACCCCUUCGGCAGGAACGAGGCGCUAGCCCGCACCGAGAUCUCGCUGCUGGGGAUCAUCUUCGUGCUGGCGGUGCUGGGCAAUGUGACGGUGCUGCUGGCUCUGUGCAAGAGCCGCCGGAAGACCUCCAAGAUGCACCUCUUCAUCAAACACUUGAGCCUGGCGGACCUAUCAGUGGCUGUCUUUCAGGUCCUGCCCCAGUUCAUCUGGGACAUCACCUACCGCUUCAAGGGGCCAGACUUACUCUGCCGCCUGGUGAAGCACCUGCAGAUCUUUGGCAUGUUCGCCUCCACCUACAUGAUGGUCAUGAUGUCGGUGGACCGCUACAUUGCCAUCUGCCACCCCCUGAAGACCCUGCAGCAGCCUACCCAGAGGUCCUACUUGAUGAUCAUUGGGACCUGGUUGGGCAGCUUCAUCCUCAGCAGCCCACAGUCCUUCAUCUUCUCCGUGCGGGAGAUCGAUAAGGGCUCUGGGGUCUACGACUGCUGGGCCAACUUCAUCCUGCCCUGGGGCAUCAAGGCGUACAUCACCUGGAUAGCGCUGGGGGUCUUUGCAGUGCCCAUCCUCAUCGUGCUGGUGUGUUACACCUGCAUCUGCUACAGCAUCUUCAGGAACAUCAAGUACAAGACCAAGGCUCCAACCGGUACCUCCUUCAAGAAUGGCCUGAUCACCUCCGGAGUCAGCAACAUCAACACCAUCUCCAAAGCCAAGAUCCGAACGGUGAAGAUGACCCUGGUGAUUGUCUUGGCUUAUAUCGUGUGCUGGGCUCCCUUCUUCACUGUCCAGCUGUGGUCUGCCUGGGACAAGAACGCUCCCCAGGAUGAUUCGACGGACACUGCCUUUACCCUCACGAUGUUACUAUCAAGUCUGAACAGCUGCUGUAACCCAUGGAUCUACAUGUUCUUCAGUGGCCACCUCCUGAGUGACAUCAUCCAUGUCUUUCCCUGUUGCCACAAAAUUACCGGGAAGCUGAAGACGGAGGAUUCAGACACCAGCAUCAAGAGGCACACCCUACUGACAAAGGUCAGCCAUAGGAGCCCAACAUUCAGCUCAUACAAUUGGAAAGACAAUGACAAUGACGCAUCUCCUCAGUCAUUCCAGACAAUGCCAGUAGAGACCUGAGGUGACCUGAUUGCUGACUACACUCCCCUCCACCCCCAUUAAACCAUUUAUAUUACUUAAAUGCACUGCCAUUGAGAUUGUGAUCAAAGAUCUGAUUAUCCAAAGCUUACCCUUAUAUUCAUAGCACUUUGCUUACCUGAGUGUUAAGGAAGGGCAUCAGCUUAAGUGUGACCAGGUACUGGAUGGCAUCAAUCCAAUUAAACCCAAAAGAAUGGCAUUUAUUUUUGUUUGUCCAGUAGGAAUGAAAUAAUUAGUCUUGUGGCUGUUAAGUACAAAAGCUGGUGAUCGUAGAUGUACUAUGGAUGAACAAAAACAUUCAGCAAACAUUGCAUCUUUCAAAUGGAUAGCAUAUCAAUGUUAAAUAAUGAAACUUGUGCAAUACUGAGUUAUAUUUCAUCCAAUACAUGGCAUAGAAUUGAAAACUCUAAAGUAAUAUUUUGAGAUGUUGGAAUAUAUGUAUUGUCCAAAUAUUGGAUAAUGGUUAAUUGGUCGCAGUUCUGAUUUUGCAACCACCCCAUGCCAGUCACAAGCAAUGACGAUCACUAGCACUUUGUCCAAGUCGCAGUCAUAAAUUGUGAACCUGAGCUUUGAUGGUUGGUAGGCUGUUCCAUUAUGGAUGCUCAAUGCCCAAUGCCAAUUAUGCCCACAUUGACUAUGCUCCAAAACAUGCAUUCCAUCAAGGAUAACAAGGUAGCAACUACAGCAUUCUAAUCUGGCUAGAAGCAACAAACUCAUAGGAACAAGCAGUCUGGUUCGGUAUCAAAUGGUGUGGUGCAUUUUCUCUCGAAUAUACAAUGGGAAGCUUUGAAUGUUUAAGGUGGUUGAUCACAGCAACAAUCCACAUCAAAGGGCAUUGCAGAAACCUUUGGAUUUCAAUGUUGUUUUUGAGUUGGUAUUGCCAACUGACUAUUUAGUGGUAUUGAUGAGACCAACCCCUUACUCAUGUGAUUUGAAGUGAGGCUUCCGCUGCUAUCAUCACAGGAGUCUAUGUUGCCAGCAUUCUAGUGUGGAAUCUAGACUGGUCAACAAACUCUUAAUUCUGUUGCUUGACAUAAUUUAUCACUUUCUGAAUUCUGGAGUGGGGGAGUGUGGGA